GUAAACAGCUUGCUGUUUCUAUUUUGAAAACUAUUGUAAUAGGAAAGGCAGAAUUCUGCCAUGAAUGACUUCCAAAAGACUGUAUUCCAUGGGUAAUCACAGUAACAGCGAUUAAGGUAAUGGCACUAAUAAUUACAUCUCCGGAGACAAUAGGAAACAUGAAAUUGUACAUUUCAAGCACUUGGCGUUAUGGCCAUCAAUUGAAACGGUUUCGUCGCCAUUCUUUUAUAAAUGAAAUGUAGUAUGUUUAUAUUUUCAGUAUUUCCUAGUGAAUCAUUGCAAUUCACUCUUAAAAUUCUGAUAGAAAUACAUCAUUUGGAGCAGCGGCGGGGGAUUUGGGAGAGAUGGUAGGAAAUAUAUACUUAAGGCAGUUGAAAACUGCCAGUUCCUACCUCGCUAGGUAAAUAGGCAUCGAGCUUCCUCUUCCUACCUCACAAGCUAAUGAGCCAGUGUAUUUGCUUCAUAACCAAAGUCCGAGACGCGAGAUGGCAGUCAGAUUUCAUUCUCCUUUGAGCCAAGUCCAAACUCGCGACAAACACCAAAACUGUCUCCGGGUUAGAACAAAGGGUUUCCACCGAGACGCGCAGCCUGAUAGCCGGCCCGCGGACAAAGCGCUUUCGGAUUGGUUAACUGUGGUCCAAUCAGAAGAAUCAGCCCGCAUCUCCUAUUUACAUACAUUUUUCUGGUGACUAGGAAGAAGGCGUCCAAUCAAAAGCUACAGAUUCCAAGACUUCAUUUGAAUAUAAAGCUGACAAAUAGCCCUUCCUUGGCGGAGUUGCAGUUCGUUUAGGUGCUGUCUCAACAUGCCAGAGCCCUCUCGCUCCGCUCCAGCCCCCAAGAAAGGGUCCAAAAAGGCCAUCACCAAAGCACAGAAAAAGGAUGGCAAGAAGCGUAAGCGCGGCCGCAAGGAGAGCUACUCCAUCUACGUGUACAAGGUGCUGAAGCAGGUGCACCCCGACACCGGCAUCUCGUCCAAGGCCAUGGGCAUCAUGAACUCCUUCGUCAACGACAUCUUCGAGCGCAUCGCCAGCGAGGCGUCUCGCCUGGCGCACUACAACAAGCGCUCGACCAUCACGUCCCGCGAGGUGCAGACGGCUGUGCGCCUGCUGCUGCCUGGGGAGCUGGCCAAGCACGCAGUGUCCGAGGGCACCAAGGCGGUCACCAAGUACACCAGCUCCAAGUGAGGCGCGUCCUGGGUGCCCCCAAACCAAAGGCUCUUUUAAGAGCCACCUCCAAGCUCAGAAAAGAGCAUGCAACCUGGUCUGGUU